CUUCCGGCCGGCGGUUCCGUCAGGUGCCUUUCCCGGGCGUCUCCCGGCACCACCUCCUCAACUUCCCUCGUCCGAGAGGCUGCGCCCGGGAGGACCCGGCGGGACGGGGUCGCGGGGACGAGAGCUGCAGUGAGAAAAUAUUCUUUUUCACUUUCUAUGACAGGUUAAAAGAAGAUGGAUGCACAGAGUUCAGCCAAAGUCAACACAAGAAAGAGGAGGAAAGAGGCACCUGGACCCAAUGGGGCAACAGAGGAAGAUGGGAUUACUUCCAAAAUGCCUCGCUGUGCAGUUGGCUUACGGCAGCCAGCUCCUUUUUCUGAUGAAAUUGAAGUAGACUUUAAUAAGCCCUAUGUCAGGGUAACUAUGGAAGAAGCCAGCAGAGGAACUCCUUAUGAGCGACCUGUGAGAGUUUAUGCAGAUGGAAUAUUUGACUUAUUUCAUUCUGGUCAUGCCCGGGCUCUGAUGCAAGCAAAGAACCUUUUCCCUAAUACAUACCUCAUUGUGGGAGUUUGCAGUGAUGAGCUGACGCACAACUUCAAAGGCUUCACGGUGAUGAACGAAAAUGAGCGCUACGACGCCGUGCAGCACUGCCGCUACGUGGAUGAGGUGGUGAGGAACGCCCCCUGGACCCUGACUCCGGAGUUCCUGGCAGAGCACCGGAUUGAUUUUGUGGCCCAUGAUGACAUCCCUUAUUCUUCCGCAGGAAGUGAUGAUGUUUAUAAGCACAUUAAGGAAGCAGGCAUGUUCGCUCCAACACAGAGGACAGAAGGUAUCUCUACAUCAGACAUCAUCACCCGAAUUGUCCGGGACUAUGAUGUGUAUGCCAGACGGAACCUACAGAGGGGCUACACGGCAAAGGAGCUCAAUGUCAGCUUUAUCAACGAGAAGAAAUACCAUUUGCAGGAACGGGUUGACAAAGUAAAGAAGAAAGUGAAAGAUGUGGAAGAAAAGUCAAAAGAAUUUGUUCAGAAGGUAGAGGAAAAAAGCAUUGACCUCAUUCAGAAAUGGGAGGAGAAAUCCCGAGAAUUCAUUGGAAAUUUCCUGGAAAUGUUUGGUCCGGAAGGAGCACUGAAACACAUGCUGAAAGAGGGGAAAGGCCGGAUGCUGCAGGCCAUCAGCCCAAAGCAGAGUCCCAGCAGCAGCCCCACUCGAGAGCGCUCCCCCUCCCCCUCUUUCCGAUGGCCUUUCUCCGGCAAGACUUCCCCUUCUUCCUCCCCAACAAACCUCUCCAGGCACAAGGCUGCAGCCUAUGAUAUCAGCGAAGAUGAAGAAGACUAAUUUUCCAACCCUCCUUUACUCUCCCCUCCUUCGUCCCAUCACGUCAGAAGCUCUCUGUUGAAUUCCUAAUUGUGAUCCCAACAAUAAACCUAAGGACAGCUACAAAGGAAAGACAAUUGGGCAAGAGGACCUCAGAUCGGGGGACCAGACAGCCCAUUCUCCAAGAGACAUCACCCCCGCAAGAACGAGGCUGACUGCAUCCUAGAAGCCUGUUCUGCAUCCAAAUACCCUCCCCAUGGACUUUCCUUUACUGUUUAUGUUCAUAUGAUCUUGGCAGGGAAAUUGUCCUUUUUAUUAAUUUUUAGAAAUUAGUCUUUAAAAUAUAGUAAGUAGAACUUUUUUUUUUUUUUUUGCCCCUGAGGAGUGGGCAGAAAGAAGUGGUGUAAUGCCCAGAGGCCUUUUCUUCCUGAUAACACUAUAAGUGUUUGCCUUCUGUUCUGAGGCAAACGGGCUUGCCAAAUCGUUCAAGCAACGAGCCAUGCUGAUGGGUGAUUUUUUUGGUGCGGGGAGAUACAAUUUUUGUUUCCUUGAAAAAAAUGCUAAAAGCUGGGUAAUAGUUACAAAUCCCUAACGGUACUGCCGGCACAAGUGUCAAUGUGGCUGUGGAAGAAGGAGGUCUAAGUCCAGUUUACUCCCUGAGGAGUUUCUUGUUGGACCCACUGGGGUCCAUGAAGACACUAACGGGGCUGGAGCCAGAGCACAUGGCGUCAGCUGCGGCGUUUCCGGCGUUUCCGCUGUGUUCAUCUCAGAAGACUGUGGCCCGGUCCUUGGGAGCGUUUGUCAGUCUCUUCCUUGUCGUCUACCGCUGAAGGAAGGAACUCUAAAAACAACUCAGGGGGUGGGACAGCACUCCGUCCCUCUCACAGUUUAGUGUCAUUUCCCCCCGGAGUAAGUCCCUGGCCCUGCUAUUCCUAUUUCUAUGCUUACUACCUAGCUUUUUACAAAGGAUUCUUUGUAAAUGUCUGUAAUUUGAACAUGAUUUGUUAAUCUAGGCUGCGCACAGCCAUAUUAAACAGAUUUGCAUAGACCAUGAACAUGAAAGCAUAAGGUAAUACCUACCUUCCUAUCUUGAACUCUGCCCCUCUUAGGAAUGUUCUUGACUGGAGCCAGGGCUUUCCUCUGAGAGUGGCAGCUGGCAGGGACUUCCUUUCUUCCCCGGCCCCUCCAGCAGGGCACCGAGCAAGGGCUCCCAUCGCAGGAUGUGGCAGGCUCUCCGUCUCCCACCCGUGCCUGCCUGGUGGUGGCAGGGGACGCAUCCCUUAAGUUUCAGCUCAGAGAAUGCUGAAGCUUCACACUUGCUGUUGAACUUGAGCUCAUCUUACACCUCCGGCAGCCUAGAGCCACGUGACAGAUCAUCAUCCAUCAGGAAUCUUGUAGCUGUGUUCAGGGGAAGACGGCUUACGUCCAGGCCCCACCCCGUCACUCAUAAAUACCCCUUGUGGGGGUGGAGUUUUAGUGUUUUCAGCUAAGAAAACCACGUCUUAUCUUUUCUUGCCCCUCUGCUAGGGCUGUGAGCAUCUCAUAGACAUCACCAGGACCACCGAGGCUCUGAGAACUCGGAUCACCCGGAGGCAGAACAUGGCAGAGUACAGGGACCCGGGGGGGAGGGGGGACCCCUUGUCCCGAUGGCUUAUGAAAACUGCAGUUCUAACUCUUCUCAUGAAGUGCUGUUUUUACUAUCAAAUCUGGUUUACAUGAGCUUUGGCUUGGAAUACUUUUUUUUUUUUAAGGGUGAAAUUAAUCUUGGCCUACAUUACCCAGCUUCAUAUGAUCACCUGUUUUAACUUUUCUGCUUCAAUCCUCCUCCUUUGGGAAUUCUUUCUCUUUCAGUCUUACUCUCCCUGCUAUAGAAAGGCAAUGAAGUCACCACUGAAGUCCACACUUGUUCCCUUAAGGUACACAUGUUAUCCUGUAUAUUUGGAAAGGGAGAUGCCCAAAGUGUGGGGUUCUUUCCUGUAGUCACUCCUCUCAAGUAUGUUAUCAGGGUGUCAAUCUUUGGGCCUCCUCCUCUGCUCUGUCAGGGGGCUGCUUUUGGCAUGCUGACCUGGUUCUAUGGCCUCCGGGCCGAUAAGCUGUGUGAGAUGGUCAGGGCCAGCAUGUACACAAGUUCUUAGAAAACACUCUUGCCCUUUUGGUGAGUCUACACUACAGCCUCAGUCUCUCAACACUAUCUUCAAACACUUUUGCCUGAAAGCAAAAACUUUUAAGGUGUGGCAUGUUAGAUACUUCAAGAUAAAGGUGACCCUAGGUGCUGAAUAAGAAUGGGUGGAUGGAAGAAGCUGUUGGCAUGAUGCGUUAUUUGAUAAUUUGUGCCUAAUUAAAUGUGGUUGGCACACCACAGCCAUACCAGUGACUUGUAAAUCUCCUAAUAACUAAUAUUUGAGGUUGUGGAGCUGUCAGCCUGAAUAGGCCAAAUGUGGCAGAGAUGGGAGAGCCUUCCAAGUGGGAUGGCCCCAGAGCCUGUGUGCAAGACACACGGAGAAUGGAGAAGGAAGUCCUGCCAUUGCUAAGGAGGCGCCAUUUCAGCAGUUUCCUUGGGAUGGGAUGGGAUGGGCAGAACGACUGCUCCUUGUGUAUACUAGACUCGGCAGCACUUGAAACUUCAGGAGAACAGGAAUGGAUGCGUAGACUGCUACAGUUGCUUCUGGUAGCUAGAGUCAAAGGCCACUACUUGGAUGAGGUUUGGGUAAGAAAGCUGGGGAUGUGAGGAAGUUGAAAAUCUAGAAGAGGAGGAGAAAUAUGAAUGAGGUCAAGAGAAUUUUUGACCUUUUCUGAUUGCUGGUAACUUCUCAGGCAGCUUCUGGGGAUUCCCUCUACAACAGCCCUUCACAGUGCUGCUGUUGCUCUAUGCCUAUAUUCUCUUGACUUUGGGUAGCUUUUGAUUUUCUGGAGCUCAUUGCCUUUGUAAUCCUGUUCCAGAUCUCAUAAAUUAAGUCUUUCCAAAUCAAUUACACUUUGCUGCUUUUCUUUAAUUUCCUAAAAGCCAUAGCUGCUACCUUUUCUGUCAGCACACACUCUUACCAAUACAUAUAGGAAAAACAAAAC